GUGUUAAGGUUUUGAUAACUGCGUAAAGAUAGGGUUAGGCUUUCAAGUCUGUCAUAGGAUUUGUAACAAGGGUUUGUGUUUCAAACUAGUGGUUCAAACCAUUGUUGGUUUUUAAAAGUUUCAUUCAAAAACAGUGAUAGUGUUCCAAGUGAAGUUGUACUAGAGUUUCCAGUGUCUGAGGCAUACCACGAUUUAAAACCCAACCAUACUCAGAUUUGAAACUGCAACCUGUCUCAUGACUACUUUCAGGCUCAUCGUCACGGUGUGAAACCACAACGAAGACGUCGAUAAAGUUACCGUCUUUGUCCCCAGAAGGCCGGUCCACAAGCGAUCCUCCGGGUCUGCCUUUAGUAACUCAGAUUCAGGCUCCCAUGCUGCCGCCUGCCCCUUACCCCAACUUCCUCUUGGAGCAUUCUCAACCUCCUGAACCCCAAACGGACACUCACCCCUCCAGAGAAGUAUCCGCAGACCUGCCUCACACCCAUGCAACAGAUUCAGUCCUGCAUGAGAUCUCUCUUCAAAGGCCUCCUCCUUUCCGGACCGGUUCUCCUACUGAGCAACCUUCCUGGCCCCGAGGGCUCAAUGUGUCUGGUGCCCAGCAGGAUCACCCUGUGGAGUCACUGAUGGCGGAAGACGAAUCGCAGAGGAACACCUCGCAGUCCCCCAUGACCAGCAACGACCCUCGAUCCAGGGUGACUCCGCAGUCCCCACCAUGGCUCCCCGUACUGGAGAAACACGACGUGCCCAUUGUGGUGGGCGUGGGUGUGUCUCUGGCCUUCAUCUUCAUCACAGUGGCCUUCUACUCCGUGGUGCAGAAGAACGAGCCAGCACCCACCGGACGUGCAGCUGAAGAGAUCGAGAAGACCAUGCAAACUCACGUUCCAAGAAAACGACGGGCGGCUCUCGAGGAACUCAUGGUUGACAAUGCGGUGUGCAACAGGCUGCCUUCCAGCGAGCGUUUCCACAAGGACAAGCUGGCCUCCGCCUGCGUAAAACUCUUUGAUGCCUAUCACUAUGACUUCUAUUUAGCGUUGCUGGGUAACAGACCUCUAAGGUUGGACGACAUCCUUUGCUACAAGACGUCCACAGUGUGUGUGGACAUAAAAGAAGAAGAAGAGGACAUCGAUGAAGAGUUUGUUGGGGAUACAGAAAACAAGUUGACUGACGCUUUUCAAAAGGACGACAAUGAAAAAGUGCACGUUGAGAAGACCGUCCCUCCCGCCUUAAAAGAGGAGUUUUGA